CCAGAGAGCUGCUAUGCAGACGCUGCGAGUUGCCACUGCUAUUCUAUUUGUUCUAAAGCAUAUAUCUGCCAGUUCAAACAAUGAAACCCCCAAAGCAGAUGAAUAUGACAUAAAAAAGUUCCUGAAUACAAGUGAGCUCAUUUGGACUACCAAUACAACCGCGGAGAUUCGACAUAUAUGCCAGGUCGACCUGAUAGAACAUCUAGCUCAAAAAAACGUCACAUUCUACCGGUCUUAUUACCGAAAGAGCGGGUGGAGAAUGUCUGAAUAUUUUGGAAAGUUCAAAAAUUUCAGCUAUUUUAACGUAACAGCAAAAUAUUCCUAUGAUUCCAUGGACGUUACCAAUGAACGUGGAAUACAUAGAGUUGAAGUAUUGCACUAUCAAAGCCGACACAACAACUGUGCUGUGUUUUGGAUAUUGGGCAGUGAUGGAGAUUUACUGAAACCGUGGUAUGAGAUGCGAAUGAAGGAUUCUAAAAUAAAACAGGGAUUCACCGACCAAGACGAGUGCUGGAAAGCUCUAGAAGAUGUAGCACAGAAGAAAAUAAGGCGCGUCUAUGAUCCUCGUUGUCAAGAAGCUCUUUAUAGAAAGUAUCCCAGCCCUGCUAACUUUACAGGUUGACAUCACAGAAUAGAGGUACACAAGACUAAAUAAACA